AUGAGCGAUACUGCAGCAGGGGUUACGACAACUGACAAGCCCAUCAAAGUUAAUAAAUGGGAAACGAAUGCAGUUAAAAAUGCACUUGACGAUGCUUGCAAGAAAUAUUUCAAAGAGACAUUGAAUUUCGCUGAAGACUACAAACUAAUGGAUGGCCGUCUCUAUAUCUCGUUUAUUGCAUGUCUAUUUUCGGGUUAUGCUUUGAUUUAUGAUUGGUUAAAUCCAUUUCCCAAAUCACGUUCAAUACUCAUUCUUUGCGUCAUAGCCUACUUUAUUUUAAUGGGCAUUCUGACAUUCUAUAUGCAAUUCAUCGAACGUGGUAAAUUCUACGCUGGUAAACUCGUCGAUCGAGCUGGUGUUGAUCCUGUUUCUCGCUGUACGGUUUCAUCGAAAUUGAAAAAAUAUGAUGAUAAAUAUCAGUUAACUUUGGACUACAAUGAUGGAACAGAUAAGACAUCAAAAUCCCUAAAAAAAUCGAUUGGAAAUUAUUUCGAUGAGAAUGGUGUUCUGUGUUAUGAUCGUUUUACCGCUGACAUACGAAAAAUGUAUGAUGAAGCACGAUUGAAUGCGCGAAAAGCGAAAUAA